GGGCAAAUGGUAUCUGGCCAGUCUGGACGGUGAGGCGGAGGCUGCGGGUAUUAACGUGCGACCCGACUCGUUUCUAGAAGGGACCGGGCUUCUGCUGUGGAGCAAGGCAGAGGAGAGUACACUUGUUAGUGCACAAGGAAAGGAGACAUCAUGUGCUAAACCCCUCAGAUGGAGCUGACUCCCCCCGAGGUCCGCUGUCCCCAUGGACUGUAUAUCUGUGAGAUGGUGGAUGCGGUGCCGCGGGUGAGAGAUAAAGUGUUGGUCAAUCACAUCAAGAAUAUAGAAGCUAUUGCCUGCUGUAAACUAACCCUUGUAUUGUUUGGAUAUAAAGAAUAUUUUAGAACUGCUUGCAAAAGGUAUCCUGUAGUAAAAGGCUUUGAUAUUGAGACAGCCAUAGGAGAUUUAAUAAUCAGCACCAAUUGUGAUGCUAUCAUUAUUGAUGAACCAAGUGAGUUGGUGAUGACAGUACUCAAGUUCAAUAAGGGAUUUACAUCUCUUUACAAAUAUGAGCCUAUGAAUGCUAUUAGUGAGAAUGCAGAGUUCUUUAUGAAGGAAUUUAACAGGAGAUGUGUUCCGGUUGAUGAUGAUGGUGUUGGUCUUGCUCGUCUAUGGCAGCAGAUGGUAUCAGUCCUGCCUCUUACAAGUUUGGAAUCUGCUAGAGCUGUGUGUGCCAAAUACAAAUCACUAAGGAGCUUAUACGAGGCUCUUUUCACUCCGAAGGGUUUUAAAUCGAUUGCUUCUAUCGACGCGCCCCGGACGAUACUCUCAGGGAGACGUGUUAAAAAACUCGGCCCGGAGAUGGCGGAGAGACUUAAGACUCUUCUGAUGGAGAAGGAUCCGACCGUCAUAGUCAGAUAGAUGUCCAGUAUAAUAUCAAGUUAUGUACUAACUACUAAGUAUAUACUUAUGGUGUUAUCGAUACCGUUUGAUCUCGUAAUUAAUUACUCUUUAUGUCCACUAAUUCGGCGCACUAUUAACGAAAUGUCUCCGGAUUUUUCUCACGGAGCAAAAUUAUAAAAUUGUCAAUAAGACGUCGAAUUUAAUCUUAUGUGAAUAUUAUGUAAAUGUAAUUGUAUCAAGUAUAAUUAAUAAAUUAUUAUUAUUUA